UGUUUUGAAGAAUGGCAACCUCGAAGAAGGGGAAGAAAGUUGUCAAUCAGGAGGAACUCCGGCGCUUGAUGAGGGAAAAACAAAGGCAAACAACAGACAAGAAACGCAUCGAGUCUCCUUUUGCUAAAUACAACAGUCUCGGGCACCUCAGUUGUGUCCUGUGCAAUGUGCAGGUGAAGUCCGAACUACUAUGGCCAGCUCAUGUUCUUGGAAAACAGCACAAAGAGAAAGUUGCCGAGCUGAAGGGAGGAAAGAGUCAACCAGUGACACCACAAAGUCAACCAGUGAAGAGAAGAGCACCGGACAACGAGGACGUUAACUGGAAACGGGCGAAACCUUCGUCGGGCGCAGGUCAGUCUGCCUCAGGGCUGCCAGGAGAUUUCUUUGAGAAACCCAGCGAAAAUGAAGCUGUUUCUACUCAAAGGUCUGCAGGUCUGAGUCUGUUGGCUGGAGUUUAUGAUGAGGACGAUGGUGAAGAAGGUGCUGAAGAAGCAGGUCAGGCAGGAACCUCAAACCCCCCUCCUGAAAAGGCUGAAGCUGCCGGACUACCAGCUGAUUUCUUUGACAGCUCCAUCCCAUCCACGCCCGCCAUCUCCCAUUCAGGAUCCAUCCUCAAAGCAGAUGUGCAGGAGAAAAGCGCAGAAAAGAAAGAUAACACAGCCGAGGCCCUGCCGGAGGGCUUCUUCGACGAUCCUGUAAGAGAUGCCAAAGUGCGCAACGUCGACGCACCUAAAGAUCAAAUGGACAAGGAGUGGGAAGAGUUUCAAAAGGAGAUACGACAGGUGAACACAAAAUCAGAGGCCAUCGUGGCGGAAGACGACGAGGAGGGCCGCCUUGAACGUCAGAUUGACGAAAUUGAUGAACAAAUUGAGUGUUACAAGAGGGUUGAAGUCCUGAGAGACAAGCGGGAUGUGGUGAAGAGCAAGCCUCUGCCCAGAAAGGAUGAACGUAUGGAGACAGAUGCUAGCAAUGAGGAGGAAGAGGAGGACGAAGAAGAGCUGCUGGGACUUUUGUCCCGGGACUGGAGGGCUAAAGGGGCAUUAGCCUAAGUUGCUCUAGAGCUCAUGUUACUGUGAUGUGUGACAGACCUCAGUUUUGUCCAGAAUGCUGGUAAAACGGGUCUUAGAGGAGGGAGAAGUCUGUCAGCAAUCCAACAAUUGUAAAUAUGUUCAUUAAAAGAUCUUUUUGUGUUUCAGACUGGAUUAAAUACGAUGCAGUGACGUGCAA